GAGAGAGAGAGAGAGAGAGAGAGAGAGAGAGAGAGGGAGGGAGGAAAUGUCCAGGCGACGAUUGCUUGUGUUGCUGAAGCCCGGGAACGCCUAUCGACCCAGUUGUUCGGACGGCGUCUCACGCGUUAGAAAUCCUCAAAUUCUAGGUUACUUGGAGAACAGGUGUAAGGUUCACAUGGAUGCAGUCAAAUUUUGUCAAGAUAUUUUGCGGCGAAAGGCGGUUGACUGGGAGCCUAUUUUGCGGAGUGAUCUAGUGCAACCUAUCCGCAAUGUGGAUCUGGUUGUCACUAUUGGUGGUGAUGGCACUCUUUUGCAGGCAAGUCACUUCAUGGAUGACUCGGUUCCAGUUCUAGGAGUGAACUCUGACCCCACACAAGUCAAUGAGGUGAAAGAGUUCAGUGAUGAGUUUGACGCCACCAGGAGCACUGGCUAUCUUUGUGCAGCAACUGCCGAAAACUUUGAACAAGUGUUGGAUGACAUCCUCGAGGGUUACAGGGUUCCUUGUAAAUUAACAAGGAUAUCGAUACGUGUAAACAGUCAAUUGCUGUCAACCUAUGCUCUCAAUGAUGUUCUUAUUGCACAUCCAUGUCCAGCCACAGUUUCUUGGUUCUCAUUUAGAAUCAAAGGUGAUGGCCGGUUAUGCUACCCUCUUGUGAAUUGUCGAUCAAGUGGGCUCAGAGUCUGCACUGCUGCUGGGUCUACGGCUGCAAUGUUCUCAGGAGGAGGAUUUACAAUGCCCAUUUCAAGUCAGGAACUCCAGUUUAUGGUAAGGGAACCCAUUUCACCUGGAGCAGCUAAGUCUAAGAUGCAUGGGUUUAUUAAAUCUGAUCAAUCCAUGGAUACAAACUGGUACAGUAAAGAAGGUAUGAUAUAUGUUGAUGGUUCUCAUCUAUCUCAUUCUAUUCAACAUGGAGAUACCAUUGAAAUAUCUUCGAAGGCUCCAAUCUUAAAAGUUUUCUUGCCCUCUCACCUGAUAUCAAAGUAAGUU